UUGCAAAAUAAAAAGGAAGGAGUUCGCAGAGCUGCAACAUCAGCCUGGAUUUGUUUGGCCUCGAUUCAACCUACCCCAUCGCCUGCUGGCCGUGCUAUUAUUAUUAUUCACUUUGCACUCUGAAUAGCCACAGCGCUCUCUGGAUAGCGAAACCCAUCUGCAGUCCCCCAUUGUGGGAUGUCAAUUGUCGACUACGAUUUCGACCAUCCGUUCGCAGAACAAAUCGCUGACAACUUGCAUCGUCAAGCCGGCUGUGCCAGUUAUCGAGUUACAUCACGAAAACCUCGCGGAUCCUGGAUUGAUGACUUGUCGGGGUCGGUUGGAUUUUCGCAGAUAGACUGUCUGACCCGCCAACGCCGGGAUAACCGCCACACACGAUGGCUUCCAAGCGGAAGGCAUCUGCCAUGGCAUCCGCCGAGCCAGAGGAGCCUGUCGACCCGGCGGAUGAGCUGAUGUUUCUCUGUCUGGGCGGCGGCAAUGAGGUCGGCCGGUCUUGUCACAUCAUCCAGUACAAGGGAAAGACAGUCAUGCUUGAUGCGGGCCAACAUCCGGCUUACGAUGGUCUAGCUGCGCUUCCGUUCUUUGACGAUUUCGACCUAAGCACGGUCGAUGUGCUUCUCAUUAGUCAUUUCCAUAUCGACCAUGCGGCAUCAUUACCAUAUGUGCUGGCCAAGACCAACUUCCGGGGCCGUGUCUUCAUGACGCACCCCACGAAGGCCAUCUACAAGUGGUUGAUUCAGGACAGCGUACGAGUUGGCAACACUUCGUCCAACCCGACAACGCAACUCGUCUAUACUGAGCAGGACCACCUAAACACAUUCCCCAUGAUCGAGGCCAUCGACUACCACACUACCCACACAAUCUCGUCAAUCCGCAUCACCCCUUAUCCAGCUGGCCAUGUCCUCGGUGCCGCCAUGUUCCUGAUUGAGAUUGCAGGCCUCAAUAUUCUCUUCACGGGCGACUACUCUCGGGAGCAGGACCGCCAUUUGGUGUCUGCCGAAGUGCCAAAGGGCGUCAAGAUCGACGUGCUCAUCACCGAGUCCACCUACGGCAUCGCCUCGCACGUUCCUCGGCUAGAGAGAGAACAGGCGCUGAUGAAGUCAAUCACCGGCAUCCUCAACCGCGGCGGCCGCGUUCUCAUGCCCGUCUUUGCCCUCGGUCGCGCCCAGGAGCUGCUCCUGAUUCUCGACGAGUACUGGGCAAAGCACAAGGAGUACCAGAAAUACCCCAUCUACUACGCCAGCAACCUUGCCCGCAAAUGCAUGCUGGUCUACCAGACAUACGUCGGCGCCAUGAACGACAACAUCAAGCGGCUCUUCCGUGAGCGCAUGGCCGAGGCUGAGGCCUCCGGUGACGGUGCGGGCAAGGGUGGGCCCUGGGAUUUCAAGUUCAUCCGCUCGCUCAAGAGCCUGGACCGCUUCGAGGACGUGGGAGGCUGCGUCAUGCUGGCCAGUCCGGGUAUGCUGCAGAACGGCGUGAGCCGAGAGCUGCUCGAGAGGUGGGCGCCGAGCGAGAAGAAUGGCGUCAUCAUCACGGGCUACAGUGUCGAGGGCACCAUGGCCAAGCAAAUUAUGCAGGAGCCUGAGCAGAUCCAGGCUGUCAUGACGAGGAGUUCGGCUGGAGGGAGGCGGGCCCCUGGCGGGGAUGCCGAAAAGGUCAUGAUUCCUCGUCGCUGCACCGUCCAAGAGUACUCGUUUGCUGCUCACGUCGACGGCACUGAGAACAGAGAGUUCAUUGAGGGAGUUAAUGCUCCCGUGGUGAUUCUGGUCCACGGCGAGGUACACAACAUGAUGCGCCUCAAAUCUAAACUGCUAUCACUGAACGCGAAUAAGACGAACAAAGUGAAGGUGUUCAGCCCUCGAAACUGCGAGGAGCUUCGCAUUCCCUUCAGGACAGACAAGACAGCCAAGGUCGUCGGUAAGCUCGCGUCGAUCCCGCAGCCCCUGAAGACGCCCAACGACGGCUCGCAGGAGCCCCAACUCAUCACGGGCGUGCUCGUCCAAAGUGACUUCAAAAUGUCUUUGAUGGCGCCCGAGGACCUGCGCGAGUACGCUGGCUUGACAACAACCACCAUCGCCUGCAAGCAACGCCUCAAGCUGAGCGCCGCUGGCAUCGACCUGAUCAAGUGGGGCCUCGAAGGUACCUUUGGCAGCAUCGAGGAGCUGCCCGAAGCCAGGCCACGGCACAAAGAUGGCACGAAUGUUGAAGAUAAGAGCAACGGUGACGUCAAGAUGGAGGAAGCCGCGGACGAGGAGUUCCUCAUUGAUGAGGUCGUCGCCGCCUACCUGGUCAUGGGCUGCGUUACGGUCCGCUACCGCGCCAGCGGCGAGGUUGAGCUUGAGUGGGAGGGUAACAUGCUCAACGACGGCAUCGCCGAUGCCGUCAUGGCUGUUCUUCUCGGAAUCGAAAGCAGUCCCGCUGCCGUGAAGCGCUCGGCAAGCAGACACACCCACAGCCACGCCCACUCCGACGCCACCUCCAGCAUCGUCACCCUCCCCCGCCGUAAUCUCCACGCCAAUCUCUCCCCAUCCGAACGCCUGGAGCGCCUCAUGAUGUUCCUCGAGGCCCAGUUCGGCGCAGACAACGUCUCGCCGAUCGCCGAACUCAAACUCCCCACACCCACUACUUCCCCCUCGCAACCCCUCCUCCUCAAAUCCAAACCAUCGCCAACCCCAUCCUCCGACGCUGACGGCGGCGCAUCGAUGGACGUGUCCGAGGACGAGCAACAGCAAGAGUCACGACAACACCAGCAGGAACACCGGGAACGGGAGGAACGCGAGCGCCAGCAGCAAGCCGAGCUGGCGCGUCUUCACAAGUUGGGCAUCCCCGUGCCCGGGGUGCGCAUCAAGGUCGACAAGAUGGAGGCGAGCGUGUGGCUGGAGGGCCUCGAGGUCGAGUGCGGGAACAAGGUGUUUGCGGACCGGGUGCGGGCUGUGGUGGAGAGGGCCGUCGAGGUUACUGCGCCGCUCUGGGGGUAAAGGGAAGUCACUUGUCGCCUUUUGCUUGGAUGGGGGUUGGUGGCGAGGAGGGGAGGGAUGAGGGGGUCGAGAGCGCAACGGCGCUUCUGUCGUUUGAGGCUAUCUGACUACACCUUUGGCUGUAUCUCUAUUUCUUCUUAUUUCGAUCUAUUUCGGCCGGUAGUUGGUCCAUUAAGCAAUUACAAGGCAUGUC